CUACCAUCCAACUCACCUGCUCUUCCCUUCUCUCUAGUUACCUCACUUUCCAUGGCCUCCUUUGUUCUUUUUUUCGUUCUUCUAGUCUCUUUGCUCUCCAAUUCAGAAGCAAGAAGACUCACCGAAUCAGAUCAGACCCAGCAAUUAGCCUUCCAAUACCAUAAUGGCCCUCUUCUCACCGGUUCACUCGCUGUUAACUUGAUUUGGUACGGCGACUUCAAGCCUUCCCAACGAGCAAUCGUCUCCGAUUUCAUUUCCUCCAUUGCUUCAUCGUCCAACCCCGCCGUGGCUCAGCCUUCUGUGGCUACAUGGUGGAAAGGCGUAGGGAAAUAUUACCAGCUCGGAAAGAAGUCUUCUUCCCUUUCUAUGUCUUUGGGUACGCAGAUCAUUGAUGAGAGUUACUCUCUGGGUAAAUCUCUCACGAACCAGCAGAUCGUGCAAUUGGCGUCAAAGGGUUCAGAUAAAAACGCAAUUAAUGUAGUAUUGACUGCGGCGGAUGUGGCCGUGGAAGGGUUCUGCUCCAGCAGGUGUGGGACUCAUGGGUCUGCAUCCAAGUUUGCUUACAUCUGGGUGGGUAACUCGGAGACUCAGUGCCCAGGUCAAUGCGCCUGGCCAUUCCAUCAGCCCAUCUACGGACCACAGAACCCUCCUUUGGUUGCACCGAAUAACGAUGUUGGUCUUGACGGUGUCGUGAUAAAUUUGGCGGGUCUCUUGGCCGGAACCGCAACCAACCCCUUCGGCAAUGGGUUCUAUCAAGGACCAAAGGAGGCGCCACUGGAGGCUGCAUCCGCUUGUCCUGGUAUCUACGGGAAAGGGGCCUACCCGGGUUACGCCGGAGAUCUAUUGGUGGACGGUACAAGCGGUGCCAGUUACAAUGCCAAUGGUGUGAAUGGGAGGAAGUACUUGCUCCCUGCUUUGCCUUAACUAGUACUAUUCUUAAAUUACAAAAAAAAAAAGUGUGCCACAAUCUCUGACCAUAAGCAGCUAUGUGGUUACCACCUCCCACUAGAUUGUUAUAGACACCAAUGUCAUGAUCACUUGUAUUAUGGUAUUCUUCGAUAAGUACUUAAUUAUGAUAAUUAAAAAUAUUAAUAUAUAAAUUAAUUUUAA